CCUAGCGAAUGGGGUGGGGGCUCGCACGGUCCCCGCAGAGCUCCGAGACUAGCCACCCGGGCUCGGCCCCGCAUACCGGAGCGCUACCGCGGGCUCCCGCCGCCCCGCCCCACCCCCGGCGCGCGUCCCGAGCCCCGCCCGCGCGCCCGGCAGGAAAGGGCGGUCCUGCGCUGCCGCCCACGCUCGCUCCCGCCGUCGGACUCUGGGCCUGGACCGCGCGUGACCGGCGCCGCGAGCUAGAGGCAUGAGCGCGCGCCCGGGCCAGUGAACGGCUCGGGGAUGGACUGCGACUCGGUCGGCGGCCAGAAAACCCAGCGCCUGCCCCGCCGCCGGCGGCUUCUCUUCUUGCCCGCGGGCCUCAGCGGAAGACCGGGCGGCAGCGAAUCCUCAGCACGCCGCUGCCUCUCUGCGCUCUCCGACGGUCUGGGGGCGCUGCGCCCUCGCUCCCCGGCGGCCCGCGGCGGCGUGUCACGUGCCUCGCCGCUGCUCCUCCUCCUGCUAGUGCCCUCCCCGCGCUUGGCCGCCGCAGCCCCGCGCCGGCAGCUCGGGGACUGGGAGCGCUCGCGCCUCGGGUAUGCCGCACCCCCGGCCGUGCGCAGCGGCGCGUGGAGGUGCUCACCGGGCCUCGGCCCGGGCGUCGCCGCUGCCGCCGGCGCCCUUCCCCAGUACCACGGCCCGGCGCCUGCACUCGUUUCCUGCAGGAGAGAGCUAAGCCUGUCUGCUGGAUCCCUGCAGCUGGAGCGCAAAAGGAGCGAUUUCACCUCUUCUGGGAGCAGGAAACUCUACUUCGACACUCAUGCCUUAGUGUGCUUACUGGAAGACAAUGGGUUUGCUACUCAACAAGCAGAAAUCAUUGUGUCUGCGUUGGUCAAGAUCCUGGAGGCCAACAUGGACAUCGUCUACAAAGAUAUGGUCACCAAGAUGCAGCAGGAAAUCACUUUUCAGCAAAUAAUGUCUCAGAUUGCAAAUGUGAAAAAGGAUAUGAUUAUUUUGGAGAAGAGUGAAUUUUCAGCCCUCAGAGCAGAAAAUGAGAAAAUAAAACUCGAACUACAUCAGUUAAAACAACAAGUAAUGGAUGAAGUGAUCAAAGUCCGAACAGAUACCAAAUUAGACUUCAACCUAGAAAAGAGCAGAGUAAAAGAAUUGUAUUCAUUGAACGAAAAGAAGCUGCUGGAAUUGAGAACAGAAAUAGUGGCCUUGCAUGCCCAGCAAGAUCGGGCCCUUACCCAGACAGACAGGAAGAUCGAAACUGAGGUUGCUGGCCUCAAAACCAUGCUUGAGUCACACAAGCUUGAUAAUAUUAAAUAUUUAGCAGGGUCUGUAUUUACAUGCCUAACAGUAGCUCUGGGAUUUUAUCGCCUGUGGAUCUAAUAAAGUGUCUGUUUAAAGAGAUUUCUACUGUUUUGCCUUAAGAAUACCAGAUUGUUGGCCGGGUGCGGUGGCUCAUGCCUGUAAUCCCAGCACUUUAGGAGGCCGAGGCAGGCGGAUUACCAGGAGUUCGAGACCAGCCUGCCCAACACGGUGAAACCCCGUCUCUACUAAAAAAUACAAAAAAUUAGCCGGGCGUGGUGGUGGGCGUCUGUAGUCCCAGCUACUCGGGAGGCUGAGGCAGGAGAAUGGCAUGAACCUGGGAAGCAGAGCUUGCAGUGAGCUGAGAUCGCGCCACUGCACUCCAGCCUAGGCAAAAGAGCGAGACUCUGUCUCAAAAAAAAAAAAAAAAAGAAUACCAGAUUGUUGUCCUUUUGUUUUCUUGUUACAUAUUUGAACCCAGAUUUUGACUUAAUGCGUAUUAUUUAUUUUUAUGCAAAUUAUGGACACAUAACCAAGAUAAAGAAGUCAGGUAUUUCAUAGCCAUUCCUUAUCUCCUUUCUGCUUAGUUGACUUUCUACCUGAGCUGCGCACAGUGCAUGGAAGAUUCCACUUAGCCGGACCAGGGAGCUUGGGCUCAUCUGUGGUGCACACCAACAGCAAACAUUGGUGUAAUUCUCUACGACUUAAUCUUUGGCACAUAGAGAAUUUGGGGGUCUCCAUGUUCAGGGCACAAUGGCUUUAAUAAGCGCUGGAAAAUCACUGAAGCUAAACCAAGAGCACCAGAUCCUCUUUACCUAAAUACCCAGUCUUUAACAUGAGCUAGUCCCUGUACCAGAGUAUUGUUUCAGCUGUAGUUGGUUGUUAUGUUAAUGAGACAGCUGCACCUCUACCUUCUUUUCUUUUGAUUUCCAUUGUCUUGGUAAGUUACUGUUAGGGUUAUUUUUAAUGUGCCUUCCAGCCAGAAAAAUCAGCUGUCUAAUGAAGCAUUGCAGUUGUAAUGGGGACUCUUUUACCUCUUCGAAUGCAAGAUUUUCCCUCCUCCCUCCCUCUUCUCCAUCUCUUUCCCUCAGGAUUUGAGAACUGUAAUAAUACUCCACUGGUGGCAUUACGUACCUAGAAAAUCUGCUGAUUCUUAGCGUGGAACUCUGCUUCAGUUUGCAGGACAAAGUCUGCUUCCUUCUGGUCUUCAUUUACUUUUUAUACAAGGGAUGCACUCAGCUCUCCAUGUGUAAGCUACCUAGAUGAUGGAUACAUAUUUCAUAAAUGAAAUUUAUGUCAUUAAUGAAUAUCCCCUUGCUCACAACCAGCUCAGGCUUUCAAAAUUCGAGAAUGGCCGUGCCACACAGCAUCCUAAUCUAGAUUGAUUAAUUCUGUUGUUAAAAACAUUCUCAUACCUACCUUACCUUUAUAUUGAAAACAAGUAAAUUCUAGAUACAACUGGGGUUAUUCUGGAGAAGCACAUUCUCACCUUUUUUUUUUUUUUUUUUUUUGAGACGGAGUCUCACACUGUCGCAGGGCCGGAGUGCAUUGGCAUCGUGAUCUCUGCUCAUUACAACCUCUCCCUCCCGGGUUCAAGCGAUUCUCCUGCCUCAGUCUCCUGAGUAGCUGGGAUUACACCACGCCCAGCUAAUUUUUGUAUUUUUAGUAGAGAUGAGAUUUCACCAUGUUGGCCAGGCUGGUCUCUAAUUCCUGACCUCAUGAUUCGCCCACCUUGGCCUCCCAAAGUGCUGGGAUUACAGGCGUGAGCCACCGCACCUGGCCCAUUCUCAUCUUAUUCAAAUUCCUGGCACGUGGGCAAGAAUAAGCAUUUUAGAGACAAUGACAUGGAUAGAACCUUUUCUGCCUUUCUCUGCAUACACACACAUGCACACAGACACAGUGGAGGAACCACAGGCAGAUUUUUUUAUCAGUUUGGUGAAUACAUUACUCGUUAUCACUGUUCCAACCACAUUGGUAAAAAAAAUAGCUACCUUUUGUCCUUUGGAUGUCAUGUCUUAACUUUGGAAAAUAUAAGUCAUUGCCCUUUUAGAGAAUGUUUGUGUAGUCCAAAGAUUCUGAGCUCUGUAUAAUAUGAAAAUCAAGUACUUUUGCAUGAGCAAUAGCAGUUUCAAAGUGAAAUAAUCUUUUUCAAGUAGAUCACAAAUUCUUAACUGAUUAAUAAAAUAUUUUAUCAAUAUAUCGUCCCCUUUUCAGAGAAAAGUCCCCAGAAGAGACAGCACACUUAGCAAUUGCCCUUAUUAUUAAAGCCCUAGGUGAGUGGCAUAAAGGGCCGUAUGCAAUUAUGUUUCAAGGUAAACAUUACCUAACCUUGUGUAGGUUAAAAACUGAAGUAUCCUUGUAUGCUGAUAAAAUAUUUUUUAAAAUGACAUGGUGGGGUGACAUUUUUGCAUCUGCUAAAAGUCUUCUCACAUGUCAUUCUUCCUGGUGAGAGUGGGCUGCAUCAUUCUGGCACUUAAUUUGGGUGUUCGAUUUUGCUAUAGAGUUCUUGGCAGUACAGCAUAGCCUCUUUUUGGCCUUGGGAACAGUGAACUCUUCUUUUGAUGGUGUGGAUUGCAUGCAUAUCUGGAGAGAGGAGGGCUCAGGACUGUGUUCCCUUUAUUUGGUCAAAUGUAUUCUAUUUGAAAACCAUUUGAGCCCAAAAUACAAGUGUACCCUUCCCACUUCUGGCUCAAGCAUCUGUGAGCCGAGUAGACGUAAUAUUACAACUUACUGAGGCUGGGCGCGAUGGCUCAUGCCUAUAAUCCCAGCACUUUGGGAGACAAGGCAGGCAGAUCACCUGAGGUCAGGAGUUGGAGACCAGACUGGCCAGCAUGACGAAAUGCUCUCGCUACUAAAAAUACAAAAAUUAGCCAGGCGUGAUAGCACACCCUUGUAAUCCUAGCUACUUGGGAAGCUGAGACAGGAGAAUCGCAUGAACCCGGGAGGCAGAGGUUGCCGUGAGCCGAGAUUGCACCACUGCAACGAGACUUGCGCCCAGACGAGAUCUGCCUGGGCCACACAGUGAGACUCUGUCUCAAAAUAAAUAAAUAAAUAAAUAAAUAAAUAAAUAAAUAGAACCUCCUGAGCUACCCUGGCUUGUAAGGAUUCCGAUUACUUUAGGAAAUUAGGCAUUAGCACUAGGAAGGGGGAAGAUGGCUGGCAAAACUUCUAGCUAGCAACCUAUGUCUAGCACAUGGGAACUAACCAUAGUGAGACCCUGAACACAUAUCCCUCUAGGUGCAGGUGGAUGAUGUCCAGUACCUGAAGCAGAAUCUCACACGGACAGAAUGUCUGUAUUUCCCUCUCCUGCACGAAUCACUCGUCAUUCUUGGAUGGCUCCUCUGCAUUCCUCCUUUUCUUCUCUCCCCUCCCCUGCCUUUUAUCUUUUCCAGAGAAUCUGAACUCCAAUUUCCAUGCUCUCCUGCUACAUUAAUAAGCAAAACCUGCUUGUGUGUACGGUUCUUAACUGGAAACACGACUUUUUGUUUCUGUAUUGGUUUUACUGUCAUCCAGUUUUCUAGUUUAAUAUCUAGCAAAACUAAAUCUGAAUGUACUCGCUUUUUCCGUUAAGUAUGCCAAGCACCUCAGUUGAAAGGCUUGACUCAAACCAGAAGUCUUGCUGGAAUUCAUCUCUGAACACUUGAAAAACAAACCCUGAGCCACAGCAAACAUGCCUCUGUGUGCCGGGAUCGCCUUUGUCUCUGCUUCCAUGUGGCUUUUCCCUUUGUAGCUAAGCUUAGUGACAUAAUCUUCCCUCUUCUUUUCUAGCCUCCUCCUUUCGAGCCUGUCUGUAAAUUAACCAUGUCAGUAUUGGCAAGCAUUUAUCUUCUCCACCCUAACAUGCAAUCUUCUAAGAAUUUUGCAAAAUUCUAAACAAAUAUAGAGAUGGUAUAAUAGAAUUCAUAUCUAGAAAACUUUGAUUUUGAUGUAAGCUUAUCAAAUUGGUUCUGGCUUUUUUGGCACUAAGGCAAAAACAUGUUAACCAGAAAUAAUUUAUUCUUCAUGUAUAUAAAAUAUUUGAGAAUGUUUAGCCUUUUAUUAGAAUUUUAUUUGGAAAAUAUUUAUCUUUCUACACAUUUUACACUUAUGUUCCUUUGCUUAUAACCCAAACAAUUUCUUAACUGUUUUGUUACUUAAGCAGAUACUCAAUUAUGUUUUAUUAUCUUUUAUAAAGUUUAAGAUUCUUAGUAUCUAAAAUAUUUAAUUCUGUGUGACUAAUAUACUUUUCUGAUCAUUCAAAUUGAAUAUGAAAAGCUAGAAUAACUGUAUUGCAACUGUUAAUUCCAGCGAAUUGUAUAAUGAUAACACUGGUGAAUUUGUAAGUAAAUCUAAUACUUGAAAAUUUGGGUAUACAUAGAAAAUAAAUUUUAAUAUAAUGU